AUGUCUAUGGGAGAUAAAGUUACAAAUCUUUGGAAAAGGGCCAGUGAUGAAGGAGAAAAUAGGGAUGAAAUUCCUUGGCACCUAAAAUAUGGUAGCAGAACAUUGGGGACAUUUGCAGGCAUUGUUAAUUUAUUCACUGGUGUUUGGAAUGGACUGGGAUUGAUUUUUUUAAACACAGAUUGUUUGUUUGGUGGAAUUAUACAAUUACUUCUUGGUAUUUUACUUAUUGCAUUAGAAGCACCAUUCCUUUGUGUGUUUAUCGAUUAUAUGCAGAAAGUUAGUGAUGUUGCUGAAAAUAAACCCUACUGGACUAGAGCUAUUUUAUAUGCUGGGGUAUCGUUAAUACCAAUUCUUUUAUGUUUUGGCCCAAGUACAUUAAUAGCUAGUGCUUUAGUAUUUUGUACUGGUUUAUUGUAUGGUCUUAUGUCAGUUGGGAAAAAAGCACCAGCAGAACAAAUGAAAACAACUGCAUCCACAUUAGAGCCAUGA